AUGUCCACCCUCGAAGAUCUCGACGAUCUCGAACGCGAGAACAGAGACAAGAAGCAGGAAAAUAGUGACGGAGAUGGCAAGAAGCCUAGUCACGACGGAGAUGCCGAAAUGCAGGAUGCCGAAAAGAAGGAUGAUGAGGAGGAGCUCCUUGAUGAUGAGAUCUUGCACUCAAGCACAGCGGAUAUCGUCAAGAGGCGGCGAAUGCUAGAGAACGAGAUGCGCAUCAUGAAGAGCGAAUUCCAACGGCUUACACACGAGCAAAGUACGAUGCGGGAGAAGGUCAAGGACAACCACGAGAAGAUCGAAAACAACAGACAAUUACCUUAUCUUGUGGGAAAUGUUGUUGAGUUGUUGGAUCUUGAUGUCGAAGCUGAGGCUGCCGAGGAAGGGGCCAACAUCGAUUUGGAUGCCACCCGCGUUGGCAAGUCGGCCGUCAUCAAAACAUCGACCCGACAGACGAUCUUCCUCCCUCUCAUUGGCCUUGUUGAUCACGAGAAAUUGAAGCCCGCUGAUCUGAUUGGUGUCAACAAGGAUUCAUACCUGGUUCUUGAUACACUCCCCGCAGAAUACGACAACCGGGUGAAGGCCAUGGAGGUCGACGAGAAGCCCACAGAGAAGUACACCGAUAUCGGUGGGUUGGACAAGCAGAUUGAAGAGAUUGUGGAGGCUAUUGUGUGGCCAAUGAAGGAGGCUGAACGCUUCAGUAAGAUCGGUAUUAAGGCGCCAAAGGGUGCUCUCAUGUACGGACCACCGGGUACCGGUAAGACACUUCUUGCACGAGCUUGUGCUGCCGAGACAAAUGCGACUUUCCUCAAGCUUGCUGGUCCUCAACUGGUGCAGAUGUUUAUUGGUGAUGGUGCCAAGCUAGUCCGUGACUGCUUUGCUCUCGCUAAAGAGAAGGCGCCAUCAAUCAUUUUCAUUGACGAACUUGAUGCCGUGGGUACCAAGCGUUUCGACUCAGAAAAGUCCGGUGAUCGUGAGGUGCAACGAACCAUGCUGGAAUUGCUGAAUCAGUUGGAUGGUUUUGCUUCCGACGAUCGGAUCAAGGUCCUGGCCGCGACUAACCGUGUGGAUGUGCUGGAUCCAGCACUCCUCCGAUCUGGUCGUCUGGACCGCAAGAUCGAAUUCCCGCUGCCCAACGAGGAGGCUCGUGCCAACAUUCUCCAAAUUCACUCACGUAAAAUGUCUGUUGAGGACUCGGUGAACUGGGCCGAGUUAGCGCGCAGCACUGACGAGUUCGGUGGUGCACAGCUGAAGGCAGUUUGCGUUGAGGCUGGUAUGAUUGCCCUGCGCAAGGGAAUGAGCAAGGUCGGCCACGAAAACUAUGUCGACGCUAUUGCUGAGGUGCAGGCGAAAAAGAAGGAUACCAACAUGGGAAUUUAUGUUUAA